CAGGAAAGCGGAGACUCGCGAGAAGGUCCGUGGACUGUGGUACCAUGGCUUUGAUAAUUACAUGGACCACGCUUUCCCUUUCAAUCAGCUUGCACCGCUGUCGUGUACUGGCAGAGGUCCGGAUUGGACGAACCCAACAAAUAUCGCAUCUAAUGAUGUCGCCGGAAACUUCUCCUUGACGCUGAUCGAUUCACUGGACACUUUGGUCGUUCUUGGAGACAAGAAAGGCUUUGAAGACGCUGUCCGCAACGUCAUUGGAUGGGUAUCGUUUGACGUGAACACUAAGCCACAAGUGUUCGAGACAACGAUCCGUGUACUGGGUGGUCUGUUAUCCGGUCAUAUAUUUGCCAACGAAAAGGGCGGGCCCUUUCAUUUGCCUUGGUAUCAGGGAGAACUCCUUAACCUUGCUCACGACCUCGGUCGCCGUCUCCUUCCUGCCUUUGGUACACCUACCGGCAUACCUUAUGCUAGGAUAAAUCUGCGGCACGGUGUCCAGCGCGGCGAAACUCUCGAGACCUGUACCGCGGGUGCAGGGUCCCUGAUUUUAGAGUUCGGUACGCUGAGCCGCCUGGUCGGGGACGAUAGAUUCGAGAAGGCCGCGUACAAGGCUUUCUUUGCCCUAUGGAACCGGAGGUCAGACAUUGGGUUGGUGGGGAACACAAUAAAUACCUGGUCUGGGGUUUGGACACACCCAGAGGUAACCGGUAUAGGCGCCGGCAUAGACUCCUUCUACGAGUAUGCACUAAAAUGGUACGUUUUGAGCGGCGAGAUGGAGUUUUUGGACGUCUGGCAUGAAUCAUACGCUGCUAUCAUGCGGUAUGCCCGGGCUACGGAUGGAUUCUGGUUUCGGAGCGUCAGCAUGCACACAGGCGACAUUGUUUAUUAUACGACGGAUUCCCUGUCUGCCUUCUGGGCUGGCCUGCAAGUCCUAGCUGGUGAUGUCGAGAAUGCAAUCAAGGCUCACCUUGUCUAUUGGAAUAUUUGGAAGAGGCAUGCUGGACUUCCCGAGGUUUAUGACACCAAUUUUAUGUAUGCGACAUCGCUUCAGUACCCCUUACGACCCGAAUUUGUGGAGUCUACCUGGUACUUAUACAGGGCAACGGGGGAUCCAUUCUAUCUAGAUGUCGGGGAGCGUAUCUUGAAUGAUAUCACAAUGCGAGCCAAGGUCGAAUGUGGAUUGGCCGGCAUUCAAGACUUGCGUACGAACCAAAGGGACGACCGCAUGGAGUCCUUCGUGUUGUCUGAAACCCUCAAGUAUCUCUUCCUGUUGUUUGAUGAGGACAACCCAUUCAAUCACGACGAUUCGAAUUCCGUCUUCACGACCGAAGGUCAUAUACUCGUCCUUCCUUCUGAGCACAUAAAACCCGUCUCCCGAGCUCGCCGGAAACUUCGGCGAGUAGAGCAUUUACAAUGCCCUGCCUAUCGCCCGCCUUUAGUAGCGAUUGACGACUGGGAGAGGGGCACAGGUUUGAUAGGAGGACUUCUUGCUCGUGGAGACAUCGAUUAUGCAAGAGAGUUAGUGGCUAUGUUGCCCACCGAGGCGGACAAGAUUCCAUGGUCUCCCGAAGGUUGGUGUGAUGUUCCUCAAGUGGAGCCAUAUUCCUAUGAUUUUCUGCUGUCGCCCAACGGGCAGGCAGUCCCCGAAGACGCCAGUCCUGGCCUCAAUAAACUGCGAUCUGUUCCAGACGGGUUCAUUGUUCACAAUGUUACCGGGAUCCGGACCCAUAUCGUGAGGCGGCUAGACGGUAGAGGUUACGAUGUGACCAAGCUAGGUCCCCAUGCUGUCAAGACCGGCCAACUGGUAUACAUAAACGACACGGAACUCAUUCUUGCGGCAGUGGACGGUGUGGGGCCUGUGGACAGCGACCAACGACACCAUCGACGAAGUGUGGACGUCCACCUGCGAUUCUUCGUAAAUGCAGUGGAUCCUACACUCGUCGGACAAGUGGCUAUGCCCGAAUUGAUAGACGAGUCUUUCGUCACAGCUUACACAGCUCUUUUCGGAGCAGAUCCACGGGUCUCCACCGAGGGCGGGCAUCCGAUUCGGUUUGGCCAUGGCCAUGGCGUCCGAGUAUCCCGUGAUCGUAUGAACGCCUUCGGUUGCCACACCUACGCUCGACAAUACGACGACCAUGCACUACUCGUUGACCGAGGAGGAUGUACUUUCUUGGAGAAACUGCUUCACGCACAGGCUGCGGGAGCCUCGGGAGUUGUUGUGAUCAGUGACGACGAACUCCCCUUGAACCCUUCCGCUGAUCAAGCUGAGAUUGAGGCUGCCGGGACAUCCUUGGACGAGGUCGUAAUCGUAGUUCUCAAGAAAUCGGCAGGCGAGAAUAUCCUGGACAUGCUGGAAAGAGCCGAGAUGCAUGGCAUGGGUCAACUAAUGGUCGCGGUUGAUCCUGAAGGGUUUUCGAUCCCCAUGGAAGGGCGUCAUCAAGCAAAGACGCUGAAGGUUUACGAUGACGCCAAUAGGGUGUUGUAUCUAAAUGGCCAUCCGUUAUUGAAUACAAGGUUAAUGGUAUGA